CCUAAACUAUCGACAUCGAUUAUAAUAUUUUAUUUACUAUGUGUACUCACUGGCCCCAUAUUUUUCGGCCCAAUUUUUUUGUUUGUUAAUUUUUAUAUUCGAAAAAAUGAGUGGAAAAGCAACGAAAUCAAGCAGCGCAACGAGCAGCAUGCUUUAUGGCUCCAGCAUGUCGGCGGAGUCCAUGAAGGUGAUUGCAGAAAGCAUCGGCGUCGGCUCAUUGUCAGAUGACGCCGCCAAGGAGUUGGCCGAGGAUGUGUCCAUAAAGCUGAAGAGAAUCAUCCAGGAUGCAGUCAAGUUCAUGCAUCAUUCGAAGCGACAGAAGCUCUCUGUGAGGGACAUCGACAUGUCCCUGAAGGUGCGCAAUGUGGAGCCGCAGUAUGGAUUCGUGGCCAAGGACUUCAUACCAUUCAGAUUUGCCUCCGGCGGCGGGCGGGAGCUGCACUUCACGGAAGACAAAGAGAUAGAUUUGAGCGAGAUUACUUCCAGCAACACUGUAAAGAUCCCGCUCGACAUCACCCUUCGCUCUCACUGGUUCGUGGUCGAGGGUGUCCAACCCACAGUGCCGGAGAAUCCUCCUCCCCUCUCCAAGGAUUCCCAGUUCCUUGACUCGGUUAAUCCCGUGAUCAAACUCGAUCAGGGUUUGAACAAGGAUGCUGCUGGCAAGCCGACCACCGGCAAGAUGCACAAACUGAAGAACGUGGAGACCAUACACGUCAAGCAGCUGGCCACCCACGAGUUGUCCGUGGAGCAGCAGCUGUACUACAAAGAAAUCACCGAGGCCUGUGUGGGCUCUGAUGAGCCCCGACGGGGUGAGGCGCUACAGUCCCUGGGUUCGGAUCCCGGCCUUCAUGAAAUGCUGCCUCGCAUGUGCACCUUCAUCGCCGAGGGCGUCAAAGUCAAUGUGGUGCAGAACAACCUGGCGCUGCUCAUUUAUCUGAUGCGCAUGGUUCGCGCUCUGCUAGAUAAUCCUUCUCUCUUUCUCGAGAAAUACCUGCAUGAGCUGAUCCCUUCGGUGAUGACAUGCAUUGUGUCCAAGCAGCUUUGCAUGCGUCCCGAGCUGGACAAUCAUUGGGCUCUGCGGGACUUUGCCUCCCGUUUAAUGGCCCAGAUCUGCAAAACCUUCAACACCCUGACCAAUAACCUGCAAACUCGAGUGACGCGAAUCUUCAGCAAGGCACUGCAGAAUGAUAAAACCCACCUGUCCUCGCUAUACGGCUCCAUUGCCGGACUCGCUGAGCUGGGCGGUGAGGUCAUCAAGGUUUUCAUUAUUCCCCGCCUGAAGUUCAUUUCGGAACGCAUAGAGCCCCAUCUACUGGGCACUUCGUUGAGCAACACGGACAAAACGGCCGCCGGCCAUAUACGCGCUAUGCUCCAGAAGUGCUGCCCUCCCAUUCUCAAACAAAUGCGUGGCGCACCCGACUCCGCCGAAGAGUACAAAAGCGAUUUUGGCUUCCUGGGACCAUCACUGUGCCAGGCGGUGGUUAAAGUGCGGAACGCACCAGCCACCAGCAUAGUGACACUUUCUUCAAACACCAUUAACACAGCUCCCAUUACGAGUGCGGCUCAAACGGCCACAACAAUAGGACGCGUCUCGAUGCCGAGUACGCAAAGGCAGGGAAGUCCUGGAGUAUCGGCACUGCCGCAAAUCCGAGCCAUUCAGGCCAAUCAGCCGCCACAAAAGUUUGUGAUAGUUACCCAAAACUCGCCGCAACAACAGGGCCAGGGGAAGGUUGUGCGUCGGGGGAGCUCGCCCCACAGUGUUGUUCUCUCGUCCGCGUCGAACGGAGCCACUGCCUCCAACUCGAACUCCAACUCCAGCGGUAACAGCGCCAGUGGCAGCAGCCUUCUUGUCGCCAGUUCGCAGCGGAGCAACGAGAAUAGCACCCUAGAUGCCAACUCCUUUAUUAUUGAAACGGAGAUUGUGCGUGCACCGCCCGAGCUGGACGAUCUCUCGCAUCUGGAGUAGUAGCCACCUAAUUUUGUAGUUUAAGUAAUCGUUUCGUAUGCAAUAAACAAAAGAAUGCGAAUUCUAUUUAAAAUAA